GUCUUCUAGCUUGAAAUUUAAUUUCUUCUUGUAAGACUGUAUGUAGAAUUUCCAGGCUUUCUCCAAGUGCAAAGAUCGAUCCCAGGACAGAAAUUGAUUGACAUUCAAACAGAAGUUACACAACAAGUUACAGGUUCUUCAAAAUUUCAAAGAUGGAUCAAAGAACAGAAAUUGACUUGAAAGAAUCAGCAGCGAGUUUGACCAUGCAUGGAUUCGGAAGAUUGCUGUCGACCAAAUCAAAGGCAAUGAGAUGCAUCUGGCUGUUGCUAAUGCUUUUCUUUGUAUCGCUUGUAAUUUUGACAGUGACGCCAACAGUACGGGGAUACUUCAAAAGCCCAUCUUUAACAAAGCAGGAAACAGUCAUGGUAUCUAAACUGCUGUUUCCAUCUGUUACUAUUUGUGGACCAUCCCUAUGCAAAGAAAAAGUUAAAAAAUAUGCAAAAGAGCAUAACAUUACACUCAAAACAAAUCGAAAUGGUCGCAUAGAGAACAUUCACGAGGUGGUGAUGCAUUCUCCUUCCUUAGAGCCUUUUGCACCAAACAUAAGCAAGGUUAUAUCCAGCAACGUUGCUUUUGAAAAAAUUUUGGUGGCCUACAGAGGUUACUGCUACAAACUUAAUCCAAAUGGAACAUUCAUUCAACAUCAGGCUGGUCCCGAUUUCUCACUUCAAGUCUUCCUUGAUCUUGAUGUUUCGAAUAGUAUAUCGUUGUCUACACUUCACGCUGGCGACUCCGUUGAGGUGAUUAUUCAAGACCACAGACAACUUCCUUCUUUAGACACUGGUACAGUCCUUGCCCCUGUUGGUCAUUUGACACAAAUAGAGAUUCACAAAACAGAGAUUCAAAGGCUCAAACCCCCGUAUCCAUCAAAAUGCACAAACGGCGAAAACAUGGAGUUGCUUUUUAAAGGUGAGUAUACAAUAAGCAAUUGCGAGCUGUCCUGCUUUCUCAGAAAAGUCGCUCAGAAAUGUACAAACAUUCAUUUUCUUUAUAACUACCUACUACCGAAGGAAAUGAAAAUGCCAAUUGCAAAAACCGUAGAAGAAAGAAAUUGUAGAAACCGAAUAUUAAAAGAUCUUCAAAAAACAUUGUUCGCUUCCUGCAACUGUGGCCUGCCUUGCAGAGAAACAAAAUUUCGCAAAUAUUCUUCGCAGUCGAAAUGGCCAUCCACAGAAUAUAUAGAUGAGUACAAAGAAAUGGUUGGCCGUCUUCGUUCAAUCAAUGGAAGUAAGGAGACAGAGGAUUAUAUUCGGAAUAAUCUUAUCGCCGUUAAUGUAUUUUUUGGAGAAAAACAAUACAAAAAAGUAACUGAAAUGCCGAUGUACACUGCUGAACGAUUUGUUGGAGAAAUCGGUGGCCAGAUGGGGAUUUGGUUGGGUGCAUCAAUCUUUUCGUUACUUGAACUGGUUUAUUUACUCGCCCAGUUUGUUGGUGUUUCUUUGAGAAAGAAGGAAAAAAAGGUCACUGACUUAGAAGAAAGUGGUGCAAAGUAGGAGCCAUGACGCUUAUCAAGGAGAAAUUAUUGGCAGCUUUAAAUGAAAAUUAUAAAUGCAAAAAUUCUCGUAUCCGAUAAAGCAUCUUGACGUUAUUGUUAGCAUGAUGUUUCUCUACUGUAGAAAAGUGACAUAGAAAUAUAUGAAAUUCAAAACUUGUAACAAAAAUAAAACGAUUUUAUCAUUUCUUUCUUUGUUUUUCUUUUUCACGAGAUACUAUACUUUACCCAUCUUUUUUAUCAAAUAUAAAACUCAUUUUAUUUAAAGACUCAUUGAUAACAAUAAGCCUUUGCGAGCGUGAUAAAUUGUCCUACCGAUGACCCAGACAAUGGCAGUAAACUUCUACGGAUUAACCAGAAUUGAUUUCAGACUGUCUGAAAAUGCAUUAUGGGAUGCUUGCGUAUCGCAAUGGCUCAUUGUUAGCAAUGAGUCUUUAACGAUAUUUCUUCUCGACUUUCCUCAGUUUAGAUAUCAAUUUAUUUUCUUUAAAUGCAUUUUUCUGCAAGUUAUGAAUAAUGUCAUUUAUUUAAUGAUAAAAGUAUCAUAUUUAUAUUGGUUUCAAACUUGGGCAUUAUUUAUAUGCAUCAUCACUCAUAGACAAUUUUUAGAUUUAUAAAGUUAUUUGAUAAAUGCUGUAAGUAUAAUAAGAAAAUAUGUCAUUGGCUGGGUUGGACAUUUGGUCAAAUGUUAGGGGGGGGGGAAGCCUAUUGGAUGACGUCACAAUUUGCUACUGAUACUUAAUUGUAAAACUUCGUUGUUUGAGCGAUUGACCGAGCGAAUAAACGACACGUUUUGACACAAAAUCAAUUCCUUUUAUUCCAUCUAAAGCUAAGACGUUAUUUUAUACAAUAUUGAAACUUAGGUACUAAAAAGCCUUUCACAAGCACUGUUACGCCAUUAAAUUUAUAUAUAUAUAUAUGAAACGAAACCACGAGUGCUUUCACAACCCACUCGGGUUGAAUGCCAUCAGCCCUUUCUUAGCCUUUCAAUCCAUGACCGUUCUGUGUGUGUGUGCGAGUGAGUGUCUACAAGUUUGAUAGCAGUGGCCUUUCGCAAGCACCACGCUUCUCUCUAACUAACUCUGUUUCUCCUUACUCUACUUUAUAUAACAGCAUUACAAUAUAGCAAGCUAACAUCAAUAAUUUUUGGUAUUAUUGUCGGUAUCUAUCGUGCAAUACGUAAAUGAACUAGUAGGAGGUGUUAGAUAUAUUAGGAUACGCGGGGGAACUUUGUAGAGCAAAAGGGCAUGUAAAAUAUUACUAUACCGGAAAACAUGAAAAACUAAAGCGCGACACGCUAAUAUAUCCUAAUCAAAUAGAAGCAUGAACAAAUAUAAGCAUAAACGCAAGACUGACCUAAAAUGAAAUAAGUACCUAUAUUACAUUUUAGAACAAAAUACCAGUAUCAUCUAAAGUAAGCGGUCGCCUAGCUAGUGCUGAAUUAUGCAAAAAACAGGAGAGGUUCAAUACGAGAGCCUUGUUGCACAACUACGCUAUUGCUUGUAUACGCCGGGAAACUCGUUUACUUAAAUUUGUCACUUUAACUAGAUAACUUUAUACCUUGAUUUUCUAUUGAGUUAGAUUAAGUAAGUAGCUCUGGAGCUUUUAAAGAACUUACAAUGUCUACGUUCCAACUUAAGAUUGAAGAGCAUAGAAACCAUCACUUUGCAUGCCAGAAACGCCAAACUUUUAUCCCCGAUGAACAAGGUUAUAAGCUGAACAAUGCAACAAUACAACGAUUCUUCGAUAAUAGGGAAUAUCAUGAAAUUCGCAACAUGCAGCCGCAACACUGCGACAUUUGCUUGCAAAUGUACCAAGUGAAAAAUAAGUCUGUCUUGUAGAACCUGAAAUUUAAACUGCUCCCGAACAAAUUGCAGUGAUUUAGAGUUUUGU